CUCAUUUAUCCUCUCCUCACUUCUACUACUUCUCCUCCUUCUUCUUCUUCUUCUCUCUCUCUCUCCUCCUUCAUUCUCCAUCCUUUCUGCGAUGGCUCAUUGGGUCUAGAAUUGGCCCAUCCAAUUACAAUUCAUUAUGCUCCCUGAUAUGAGGGAGAAGAAAGCCAUGGCUCCCUCGGAAUCCACUCCGUUGCUCACGGCCGUCACUAUCGCGCCGCGGCGGUACCGGUACCCUCACCACGCCCUCCGACGAUCCUGUAAUUUCAUUCUAGGCUUUAUCCUCGCUGUUUCAGUCCUUCUGUUUCUCACCCCUUCUGCUAUCCUUCCUCGUGAACAUGGGUCCAUCUGGUCCUACCUGCCUUGGGCAAAUCCAUUCCCCCAUGCCUCGUGGCCUCACGGCCAUGGAUUAGGCUUCGAAGAGCUGCAGGCUCUACUCCAGGAAACCCCGUCUGCCGAGAAGGCUCGGGAAUGGAGUAACUACUACACCGCCGGGCCUCAUUUGGCCGGCAAGAAUCUGAGCCAGGCAGUAUGGACCCAGGAGCGGUGGCAGGAGUUUGGAAUCGAGGAUACCAGCAUUGUUGCCUACGACAUCUUCCUCAACUACCCCGUAGAUCACCGUCUGGCCCUUCUGAAGAAGCAGGGCGAUGCCACCGAGGUGACCUUCGAGGCCACCCUGGAGGAGGAUAUUCUGGAGGAGGACCACACGAGCAAUCUGACUGAUCGCGUGCCGACCUUCCAUGGUUACUCGGCGAGCGGGAAUGUCACUGCACCCUUUGUUUUUGCCAACUUCGGCACCGUUUAUGACUUCCAGGAUCUGAUCGAUGCGAACGUCAGUCUGGCCGGCAAGAUCGCCAUCUGCAAGUAUGGCCGCAUCUUCCGCGGCCUGAAGGUCAAGAGAGCACAGGAGCUGGGAAUGGUGGGUGUCAUUCUCUACGAUGAUCCGGAGUCCGACGGAGAUAUCACCGAGGAGAACGGAUACGAGGCCUAUCCGAACGGUCCCGCGAGGAACCCCAGCGCUGUUCAGCGUGGUAGUACGCAGUUUCUCAGCAUAGCACCUGGUGACCCGACCACCCCCGGGUACCCCUCUAAGCCCGGCUGUGAGCGUCAGGACCCGUUCAACUCGAUCCCGUCUAUCCCCUCCCUGCCUAUCUCAUAUAAGGAGGUGAUCCCACUUCUGAAGGCACUGAAUGGUCAUGGCCCCAAGGCAUCCGACUUCAACAAGUGGUGGCAGGGCGGUAAGCUGCGUUCCAAGGGUGUGGAGUACAACAUCGGUCCUACCCCCGAUGAUGUCGUCAUCAACCUCUACAAUGAGCAAGAGUACGUGACGACGCCCCUUUGGAAUGUCAUUGGAGUUGUGAAGGGACACAUCCAGGACGAGGUGGUGAUUCUGGGGAACCACCGCGAUGCGUGGAUUGCUGGUGGCGCGGGUGACCCCAACAGUGGAUCAGCCGCGAUGAAUGAGGUGAUCCGCAGUUUUGGAGAAGCCCUCAAGGCCGGCUGGAAGCCGCUCCGUACCAUUGUGUUUGCCAGCUGGGAUGGUGAAGAGUACGGAUUGCUGGGCUCGACGGAGUGGGUGGAAGACCAGCUCCCGUGGCUCACCAAAGCCAACAUUGCCUACUUGAAUGUGGACGUGGCCGCAGCAGGGACCGUCUUGGAGCCACGGGCUAGCCCGCUCAUGAACAAGCUGAUCUACGAGGUGACGGGCUGGGUACAGUCUCCUAACCAGACCGUGCCGGGUCAGACCGUGCGAGACGUCUGGGACGGACACAUCUCGACUAUGGGCAGUGGCAGCGACUUCACAGCCUUCCAAGACUUUGCGGGCGUCGCUAGCUACGACCUUGGCUUUGGACGUGGCCCUAAGGAUCCCGUGUACCACUACCACUCGAACUAUGAUAGCUUCGACUGGAUGGACCGGUUUGGAGAUCCGAACUGGAAAUAUCAUGAAGCUUGCACCAAGAUCUGGGCGCUGGCUGCGGCCAAGCUGGUCGAGACUCCGAUUAUUGCCUUCAAUGCGACCGACUACGCUCUGGGGCUUGAGCAAUACCUGAGCCAGGUCAAGCCGGCUGCAAAGCAGCUUCCAAAGGGCACCUUCUUUGACUUUGCACCUCUCGACCAGGCUAUCGCCCAAUUCCAGGCGGCCGCCGCGCGAUUUGAUGCUCAUGCCGCGGAGCUGGGCUCGCAGCUGGACGAAGAUGUGCCAUGGUACCACUGGUGGAAGAAGGUCCGGCUCCUCUUCCAAAUCCGCGUGGUGAAUGAUAAAUACAAGAGCAUCGAGAAGCAGUUCUUGUAUCAGCCUGGACUGGAUGGUCGCAGCUGGUUCAAGCACGUCGUGUUUGCCCCCGGCAUCUGGACGGGUUAUUCUGGGGCGACUUACCCCGGACUGGUGGAGAGUCUGGAAGCGGGCGAUUUGACAAACUCCCAGAAAUGGCGCGCGAUUAUUCUGGAGCGCAUCGAAGCGGCCACUCGGCUGCUGCAGUAGAGUCGGAGGCGGCGUGCAGGAUUGCAUGCCAGCUGACCGCAAGGUGCAUGCAAGGACGAGCUCGGCAGAGCUGGCUGGGCUCACCUGUAAUUCUGAAAGUGUCUCACUGUAGACGUUAUUUCACUUGAACAGCUGUAACAGCUGUUAUUUCUAAGACUCUAGUUGGAAGCCCGACUGGGGAGCUGUUAGCUGUAGUUCUGCGGAAACGGCGGGGAAAGCAAUGAAAAUGUAGUGAAUCUGACCCACCCAGCGGGAUAUAGUCUUUAAAGCACCUAUAGCAG